AUGAAAACACCUGGAGAAACGUGCAGUCUUGUUCGGGAAGUGACACUACAACAGCCUGGAGAAACGUGCAGUCCUGCAGAGGAAGAAACACUACAGCAGCCUGGAGAAACGUGCAGUCUUGUACAGGAAGGGACACUACAACAGCCUGGAGAAACGUGCAGUCUUGUUCGGGAAGGGACACUACAACAGCCUGGAGAAACGUGCAGUCCUGCACAGGAAGAAACACUACAGCAGCCUGGAGAAACGUGCAGUUUUGUACAGGAAGGGACACUACAACAGCCUGGAGAAACGUGCAGUCCUGUACAGGAAGGGACACUACAGCAGCCUGGAGAAACGUGCAGUCUUGUACAGGAAGAAACACUACAACAGCCUGGAGAAACGUGCAGUCUUGUACAGGAAGAAACACUACAACAGCCUGGAGAAACCUGCAGUCUUGUACAGGAAGGGACACUACAACAGCCUGGAGAAACGUGCAGUCUUGUACAGGAAGAAACACUACAACAGCCUGGAGAAACGUGCAGUCCUGUACAGGAAGAAACACUACAAUAG